GGGAUCGUGAGUGACUGAUGUUCGGGUAGUGGGCAUGUUUUUCAAACUCGUUUGAGAAGUGUUGUAAAUAUCACAAUGGAAUCAGUGUGCGGUGCUUCAGUCGUUGAAUAUUCCUUACAAGAUUCGUAGAUGUUGGUUCGUUUACCAUGAAUAUAUUCUUAUAAUUUACGUUGUAUAACAGAUCGUUGGAUUAGUACUCGCAGCUAUGUUCAACUUCUACACGCGAUAAGCCCGCGUGGCACGAAUUAAUAGUGAAACCAAAUGUUCCUUGUUUCUAACCUUUCUUAUUUUAUUUUCAUUUGUAAGUCCGUAAUCGUAGUAACCAUACGUACGUGUACACAAUAAAUGUUAGAAACUUCUGAAAAUUUCUACAAAAGGAGGAAUCUGUUAUAGUUUCAAAUUCAUGUUUCAAAGGAAUUGCAUGAGGCGAUGAGAUAAGCUGGACCCAUAGGAUGGCUCGUCACGGUAGCGAAAGGUCCUUGCAUUCCCCGCAAUCGAUGCACCCAGGUUCCUCGGCUUGCGUAAACAACACCAACGAACCACCCUCGACAGAAUUGGCACCGUCAGAGCCAGCAACAUGUACUGACAAUAACACCACGAUCAAGGUCAAUGCCGAUAACAACGUGGUUUACACGACAGGAAGUGCACCGGGUACCGUUUCGUCACCCUCGGUAUCCUCUUCAUGGGAUUCGCGUAUUCCACGUCCCUCGCCUACAGGUCUGCGUCGUUCGGCUAGUAUGCGCAUGCGCGGUGAACGAGUUUCACCAAAUCACCCACCACCACCACCCAGUACCGCGGUCAACGCGGCUCUGAGCAGAUCCUAUCAGCAGUAUCGUCGCUCCAACUUCCUGCACCACCAGCAACACCAUCACCUGGACUAUCGCACUUUUCCAGUCAUCACGGAGAAUGGAACCGAAUCACCCCGACAACGAUCUCUCAGCCUUUCAUUGACCCCGGUGAGGCCGCGGCCUGGACUCGCGGCCUCCGGAGGAUCAAGCACUGGAAUUGCCGAUGACAGCGACGCGGAAAGUGUAAAAAGUUAUGGAAGUGCCUGCAGUACCGCAAGCGCCUGCGACCAUGCUACGUUUGCUCUCAACGGUACCACGUGGUCUGGCAGAUCUCGGAAAUAUGUUGUCCAUUGUUCUAACCAUACCAGUGAUAAUGAACAGUAUCUUACUCCUACCCAAAGAGCAGCUAGGCAAAUUAGAAAGUUUCAGACUUUGUUGAAAGAAGCACGAAAGGAAAUCGAAGAAAAGGAUCAGGAAAUUUUUCGACUAACGAAAGAAGUAGUGGAACUAAGAUUAUAUAAAGCUUCUCUGAAUAGUCCAGAUGAAAGGACAGAUAGUAGCGAUGCUCUCACCGUACGAGAAAAUAAUCCCUUUUCACCAGAAUCCCCAAGCAAAGAUUUACCAGACGAGAGUGUAUUACAGAAAAUCGCAAGCCCGGACACUCCGGAAAAACGUGCCCCCUCUAAUUUACCUUCUUCUCUUGCGGACUCGGGUCACUUUGAAGACGGAUCCGUCCAUUCGAAAGAUUCUGUAUAUAUACCAGAGGUGCAAGCAGAAAGUACUCAUAUUUCUACAACACCUAUUAAAGUUCCCGAAGACAAUACUUCCGAUACAUUCGUAAGGUCGACUACAGAAACACCAGAAAGAGAUGAAGAGAGACGCAAGUUGGUGAAUCUUUAUGAAAGUAGAAUCGAGGAAAUGCAUCGUAGACAUGUUGACGAACUUCAGGAACUGAAGCAGAAACACAAUGAUAAGGUGGAAAGUUUACUGAAUCAAUUAUCUGAAGUAAAUACACGUUACUGUGAAGUACGGCCUUCUGUUGAUGCUGCAGAAGCUCGAGCUCGUGAAUUAGAAGCAGAAUUAGAAUCUGUGAAAGCGGAACUUACUGAACAAAAGACUUUGUUAAAUGAUCAAGAAGAGAGAAAUAAACAAAUGUACCUGAGAAUGUAUGCCAAAGGUCAGGAAGCAGCACGUCUAGAACACUCUGAUCAGAUAUCUGAAUAUGCACAUCAAACAACACCAAAGGUUACUGUUGCAGAGCUACUUCAACAAUUAACAAUUACACAAGCAGAAUUAGAAAAUAUCAAGGACACAAGCUACUCGCCUGAACCUCACAUUUCAGCCGAUCGUAGCCCAUGUUUAUUAAGUGCUCAGGAGGCUGUUUCUCUCUGGGUCCUUGGCACACGUAAGGCAAUGUAUCGACGUAUCAUAGAAGCACGAAAUAAUCAAGGUGCCCUUGAUCCAGAGAUUACAUUGCAGUUCCUAAAAUCAGCGAUUUACUAUUUCUUAACGGACAAAGAAAAUCAUCAUGGACACCUGAAUGCAAUUGAAAGCAUUUUAGGAUUUACAGAAGCUGAAAAGCACAAUAUUGACAAAAUAUAUCGAUCAUCUAGAAAGUAA